CCAAAGCAACAGUCCGAGCAGCUUUCAGAAUGACAGUCUGCAGAAGUGAGCUGAGCGUGUGUGCGGUACGGGGCUCUCCUGCCUCCUGGGCUCCAACGCAGCUCUGUGGCUGAAGUGGGUGCUCACCACCAGAAUGCUGGGCUAUGGAAUACAGAUGUGGCAGCUCAGGUAGCCCCACGUUGCCGGGAGGAAUACAUCAUGCUUUCCGAUAAGAAGAAAUUGUAGAAGCCAGUUUUUGGUUUUUUUUUUUUUUAACGACCCCCCCCCAAAAAAAAAAAACUGUAAAGAUGCAAAAACGUAAUAUCCACGAAGAUCCUAUUACCUAGGAAGAUUUUGAUGUUUUGCUACAAAUGCGGUAUUGGAAUUUAUUUGUUCUUGGAGUGUUCUGCGUGGCUGGCAAAGAAUAAUGUUCCAAAAUCGGUCCAUCUCCCAAGGGGUCCAAUUUUUCUUCCUGGGUGUCAGCGAGCCCUGACUCACUACAGUGCAGCUGACAGGGGCUGUCAUGCAAGUGGCCCCUUAAGCCAAAGCAAAAGACCUAAGGACGACCUUUGAACAAUACAAAGGAUGGGUUUCAAUGUAAUUAGGCUACUGAGCGGAUCAGCUGUAGCACUGGUUAUAGCCCCCACUGUCUUACUGACAAUGCUUUCUUCUGCCGAACGAGGAUGCCCUAAGGGCUGUAGGUGUGAAGGCAAAAUGGUAUAUUGUGAAUCUCAGAAAUUACAGGAGAUACCCUCAAGUAUAUCUGCUGGUUGCUUAGGUUUGUCCCUUCGCUAUAACAGCCUUCAAAAACUUAAGUAUAAUCAAUUUAAAGGGCUCAACCAGCUCACCUGGCUGUACCUUGACCAUAACCAUAUCAGCAAUAUUGAUGAGAAUGCUUUUAAUGGAAUACGCAGACUCAAAGAGUUGAUUCUGAGUUCCAACAGAAUCUCCUAUUUUCUCAACAAUACCUUCAGACCUGUGACAAAUUUAAGGAACUUGGAUCUGUCCUAUAAUCAGCUGCAUUCUCUGGGAUCUGAACAGUUUCGGGGCUUGCGGAAGCUGCUGAGUUUACAUUUACGGUCUAACUCCCUGAGAACCAUCCCUGUGCGAAUAUUCCAAGACUGCCGCAAUCUGGAACUUUUGGACCUGGGAUAUAACCGGAUCCGAAGUUUAGCCAGGAAUGUCUUUGCUGGCAUGAUCAGACUCAAAGAACUUCACCUGGAGCACAAUCAAUUUUCUAAGCUCAACCUGGCCCUUUUUCCAAGGUUGGUGAGCCUUCAGAACCUUUACUUGCAGUGGAAUAAAAUCAGUGUCAUAGGACAGACCAUGUCCUGGACCUGGAGCUCGUUACAAAGGCUUGAUUUGUCAGGCAAUGAGAUUGAAGCUUUUAGUGGACCUAGUGUUUUCCAGUGUGUCCCAAAUCUGCAGCGCCUCAACCUGGAUUCCAAUAAGCUCACAUUUAUUGGUCAAGAGAUUUUGGAUUCUUGGAUAUCUCUCAAUGACAUCAGUCUUGCCGGGAAUAUAUGGGAAUGCAGCAGAAAUAUUUGCUCUCUGGUAAAUUGGCUGAAAAGUUUUAAAGGUCUGAGGGAGAAUACAAUUAUCUGUGCCAGUCCCAAAGAGCUGCAAGGAGUAAACGUGAUCGAUGCAGUGAAGAACUACAGCAUCUGUGGCAAAAGUACCACGGAGAGGUUUGAUCUGGCCAGGGCUCUCCCAAAGCCGACAUUUAAGCCUAAACUCCCCAGGCCGAAGCACGAGAGCAAACCCCCGCUGCCCCCCACGGUGGGAGCCACGGAGCCUGGCCCAGAGACUGAUGCUGACACUGAGCACAUCUCUUUCCAUAAAAUCAUCGCAGGGAGCGUGGCCCUUUUCCUGUCCGUGCUCGUCAUCCUGCUCGUUAUCUACGUGUCAUGGAAGCGGUACCCUGCGAGCAUGAAGCAGCUGCAGCAGCGCUCCCUCAUGCGAAGGCACAGGAAAAAGAAAAGACAGUCCCUAAAGCAAAUGACUCCCAGCACCCAGGAAUUUUAUGUAGAUUACAAACCCACCAACACGGAGACCAGCGAGAUGCUGCUGAAUGGGACGGGACCCUGCACCUAUAACAAAUCAGGCUCCAGGGAGUGUGAGAUACCUUUAUCAAUGAAUGUGUCAACCUUUCUGGCAUACGACCAGCCCACAAUAAGUUACUGUGGGGUGCAUCAUGAACUUCUCUCUCAUAAGUCCUUUGAAACGAAUGCACAGGAAGAUACGAUGGAAACACACCUAGAGACUGAGCUGGACCUGAGCACAAUCACAACAGCUGGCCAAAUCAGUGACCAUAAACAGCAGCUGACUUAACUGAGCUAAGCGGUAGCCAAGGGUUGCCACCAAACUUUGUAACCUCAAGGACAAAAAUGAGGAAGAUUUGUUCAUUGUGGACUCUCAAAACAAAACAAAACAAAAAUCCCCUGUCAAACAAAAGUCCAAGAUCUAUUCAUGAAAUAAAGAAGACAUGAAUUGUUUCAAGUCUACACUUUGUAAUUAGCUAAGUUGUGCAGUAUUUUUUUGACUUAAACAGAGUAUGACCCUGAAAACAGAAAAAGAAUCUUUUUUUUCAAAACUCAUCCUACCUACCUGUAAAAACUGUACAGAGCUAAUGUAUUUUUCAUAUUGUAAAGUUUCAAUUAUAGAAACAACUGAUAUGUACAGUACCAUAAUUUAAUUACAUUUUACUUUACAAACUUUACACAUUUCAGUUUCUAAGAUUUUAAAUUAACAAAAAUUUAUUUCUUGUGUUAUUCAGAGUUACUCAGUUUUGUAGGGACUGUUUUGUUACUGCUUUUGUGCCCAGAAACCUUUACUCUAAAAUUCUGUGCUGUGCGAAACAUGCACGAUUUUUAUCAUGCUUACUGCGUAGAAUUUUAUCUACUUGUUCCAGAAAUAAUACAUUAACCAAAAAGGAUUUAAUUGUUGAGACUUGUAAGAGGUUCUUCAAUUACAUAGGCAGGUUUUUCUUAUAAAUGAAAAAAAAAAAAAUCAAAGAUUUUUUUAACACUUCUUCUCAGACUUAACUGUUGCCUUGAAUUACAGCCUAGUUUCUAAGCAGUGACAUGUAAUGACAAAGAGGGAUAUUUUAACAACAUAUUUCUGAAUGAAUUGACUCAUUAUUUCAUUAUUUUGAGUAACCCAUUGUUAACGGUAGGGGGAAGCAUGGACAAAACAUCACUGGAAACAAAGGCUGUAACCACAGCAACAGACUUUGAUACACUUAAAAGGUGCAGCUGCCAGUGACAAAGAAAAACUUGUUACAUCUCAUUAUUUUCAGGCCAAGGUGGGAAGGAUAGAGCAUAAUAAUUGUACAGUAGCAAAUUUUCUCCUAAUUAACCCAAAGUGGUUUACCUAAAAAUAACCAUCAGUUAGUGCAAAAUGUGCCUGGUUUUUAAGACAACUUUUCAUUUAGAACUGCAAGGCUAUAUUUUGGGAACAUCUCAAAGGAACUUUGUGAAAAUUUUCACUUUGUGUGCUACAUCAAUUCUCUCCUGGAGAAGAACUCUAAACAUUGAUAGCUCAUUCAGUAUAGAUAUGAGCCAUGGUGGAGAACUUUAUAACACAAGUAAACUGUGAAUAUCUUUUAAUAUGUUCUAAAUUGUUUAUAUUGCCAUCCAUAAUGAGAUUUGCUUCUAAAUUAUCUGAAAAAUAACCCAGAGUAAUUUGAAGCCACCCCAGAUCAUAUAGUGAUUAUGUAAUUUGUAUUAUAAAGUUAAUUUAAGUGAAAUUAUGAAAACCUAACUUUUCAGAGGCUGAAAUAAUCAACUUGUUUCUGUUGUUUGCUUGACACAGGUUAUUGUUUGAAAAUGUUAUUUUAUCUAUGGUAUCCACACAUUCUUUUGUGUGUUUUUUAUUAUAAAACUACAAGUUUCAAUUGAAUUGCACUAGGA